AAGGAAGGAAGGAAGGAAGGAAGGGUGGCGGUAGAAUCCCUCAUUCCAAUAGAACAGGAGGAGAGAACCGAGACGGCACAAGGGAGGCAUUCUUGCAAGCACAAGUGAACCAGCGAUCAGACUAGCAAUCCUAGCACAUUUACCAGAUAAGCAAAUAGGGAGGGAGGAGAGAGAGAAAGAGAAAGAGAGGGGUCUGAAGGGGGGAAUGUGGCAUGCUUACGUAGUUUGACAGAGAUCGAGUGAGAGAGUGAGUGAACCAGAGAGAGUGAGAGAGUGCUGAAAGGAGAGGGAGGAACAAGGAGCGAGACCUAGAGAGAGAUAGCUAAUCAGAGAGACUGAGCUCAGAACACAAACAUAAGGAGAGGGGAAAGGAGGGAGCAAGGAGAGAGAAAGAGCAAAGAGAGGGAGAGAAGAGAGAGAUGAUGGUUUUCCAGGAGGAUAGCCACUCAUCCCUGCUCUCUGCGGCAGACAUGACUCCAGGCGGAGGACUCUGCUGGAAUUAGCCAGAGGGACGAUAGAGGACAGCAGGUCUGCAGCACCGCUGCCUAAGUGUAUGCAGCAAGGCAGCUGGUUGAGUGUGUGUGCCGGCGUUUAUUUUGUCUUUUUUUCUUUACUGUUUCUUGUAGUGAUUGGGGGUGGAGGAGCCAACCUUCCCAUGACUAUGAAUUUCAGUAAGCAAUACAGUGCAUGGCAGGAGCUUUAUGUGCAAAUGUGUCUUUACAUCAUAGUGUAGUAAAUAUAGGGAGGAUUCAGGCAGUGAAAGUCGGUCCUCGAGUUUUAGCGUGUGUGUGUGUGGCUGUGCGUGGAGGUGUGCAGAGGAGAGGUCAGCUGGGUGCAGUGUGUAGUGUGCUGGGUUAGAGGAGGCAGGGUACAGGGAAUGUACUGAACACAAUGCAAGGACAAGAGCUUCACACUGAUGGGAGGGACAUCUGAGGUACCAGGACAGCCCUGGGGGUAGGGUGGAGCACAGAGCGAGAGAGGGCAGGGAAGAGCUGGAGUGAGGGGGAGGAGGGAGAGAAGGAGAGAGAGAGCAAGAUCAUGGCUGUCACAUACAGUGAGCUAUAGCAUAGAUCUGAGUGGUGCAGCAGGGGUAAGACAAGCUUCACUACACAGGGAGGGGGAGGGAGGGAGAGAGGAGGAGAGAGGAGGAGAGGCAGACGGCACCACUCCUCUGCCAGGAAGAGAAGAGCACAACGGGACCAGACAGAGGGAGGGCACACACGUUCACCCCCACACAGUCACUCCAAUAGAGAACCAUCGGCCAGGUCAACGAGUAGAGGUCAGAAGAAGCUGGUGUGGGACGGGGGCGGAUGCGCCCCCUCUGGCUGGGGACCGUCAGGAGCGCUGAGCCCAGGAGGAGGGGGAGGAGGAGCGGGAGGAAGAGGGGGAGAGCCCCGGAGACCCGGUUCCUCCUUAGGCUGAACCUGUCUUUCAAUGACCAUGGGGGAGUGGACCAUUCUGGAGCGGCUGCUCGAGGCUGCUGUCCAGCAACAUUCUACCAUGAUUGGGAGGAUCCUGCUGACCGUAGUAGUGAUCUUCCGUAUUUUGAUAGUAGGUAUAGUGGGUGAAAAAGUCUACGAGGACGAGCAGAUAAUGUUCAUAUGCAACACUAUGCAGCCGGGCUGCAACCAGGCCUGCUACGACAAGGCCUUCCCCAUAUCCCACAUCCGCUUCUGGGUCUUCCAGAUCAUCUUGGUGUGUACGCCCAGCCUAUGCUUCAUCACCUACUCUGUGCACCAGUCCGCCAAGCAGCGUGACCGCAGUUACUCCAUGCUACACCCCUACAUAGACCACGGUCAUGCAAGUCACCACAGUCGCGGAGGCGACCACCACGCCCGCAAGCUGCGCAACAUCAACGGUAUCCUGGUGCAGAACCCCGACAGCGGCAAGGAGGAGCAGGACCUGGAGGUCAAGGAGAUCCCAAAUGUACCCCGGGGGCUCACGCAGGCCAAGAGCGCCAAGGUGCGGCGGCAGGAGGGCAUCUCCCGCUUCUACGUCAUCCAGGUGGUGUUCCGUAACGUGCUGGAGAUCGGCUUCCUGGCAGGCCAGUACUUCCUGUAUGGCUUCAACGUGCCAGGGAUGUUUGAGUGUGACCGUUACCCCUGCGUGAAGGAGGUGGAGUGUUACGUGUCACGCCCCACAGAGAAGACGGUGUUCCUGAUCUUCAUGUUUGCGGUGAGCGGCAUUUGUGUGCUGCUCAACCUGGCCGAGCUCAACCACCUGGGCUGGAGGAAGAUCAAGACGGCCGUCAGGGGUGUUCAGGCCCGCAGGAAGUCCAUCUGUGAGGUGCGUAAGAAGGACGUGUCGCAUGUGUCCCAGGCCCCCAACCUGGGCAGGACCCAGUCCAGUGAGUCAGCCUAUGUCUGACAGAGGCUCCUCCACAUGGGGGACCUGGACCUCUGGACCGAGCACAGAUUUCUCUGGGGAGGACAAACACUUAAUCCAGCUCCCCCCACCCUGAGGGGCACUAACUUUACACUGCAACAUUAUUCAGGGGUGCAGAGGGACUUCACAUGGCCAUACUGGAGGAUUAUUGGAGAGAAGAGCUUUUUGGACUCUACAGGAGAGAGAAAGUACCUAAAUGGCAGUUGAGGUACUAACUAAAGUUAGAUUUAAACUGUUGGGAGUGUUGUGCCUUCCAAGAGAACACACUGGAUAAAGAGGAGAUGGAACUAAUUACUGUAAGAAUAUGAAUUAAGGAUAGUUCAAAUUAAGAAAUAAGUCUCACAUAAAUAUAUUAUCUUUGCCUUUGUGAGAGGUCAAACAUUGUCCCUUCAUUUAUUUAAGUAUGUGUGCAUAUGCAAGAACAUAUGUGUGAGCAUGCAUGCGCAUGUGUGUGUGUGUGUGUGUGUGUGUGUGUGUGUGUGUGUGUGUGUGUGUGUGUGUGUGUGUGUGCACGCAAGAGAUAAGGCAGUGUGUAUGUCCUUUGUUCUUGCAGAGUCAGAGCAGAGACGAUGGGUGAAGUUGAGUUGCUGAGGGAAUGAAAACAUUUCUUCUUUCCGUUAUUUUCCUUCCCUGCGGCAGAUCCACUAUAAGGAGGAGCCAAGCAGAGGAGAUGCACCUUUUAUCAUCCCCUUAGAAACCCAGAAAAGAAGGCUUUAAAAUGUUUUCAAAAAUCAACACCAAAACUACACCUCAGCACAAACUGGAACCCCUGUCCCCGUCCCGUCCCCGUCCCCGCUCCCUGCACUAGCAUUCCUCCCAUAGCCCCCCCGUCCCCCUGUCCCCCUGUCCCCCCAUCCCCCCAUCGCUGUAUAAUGCAUUAUUUUAUAAGACUGACUACAGUAUGAAGCACUAAAGGAAUGAAUGGGAUUCCAACCAGCCGUUAUUCCUCCAUUACACAGGAAACAGAAGUAUUUACUCACAGAACAUUUGAACGUUUUUAACCCACAAGUUUUUGCUUUACUAUCGAAUUUGGUGCCAUAUUUCCAAGUUACUGUAAAUAAUUGAAUGUAAUAAUAAUUGCAUAAAGCCAGCUUAUUCCCCUAUGAGGCAUGGGUGGGUGAGGGAAUGGCGGUGUUGGGUUGGGUGCUGGGAUUUGGGUGGUGCUGGAGAUUAAUCAUAGAUUGCCAGCUUUAAGAAUAUAUCAUAUUAAUGUGCUCUUUGUUAAGCUUUUGUUCUAUAAUGGAAACUGUAAGUUCCAAAAAAGUAUUUUUUCCCCUCCUACGGACUUUGAAAAAGGCAUGUACUGAAGCAUUCAUAGAAUGGAUAGAUUGUGUUAUGACAUGUAAUUUAAAAAAAAGAGACUGUUUAAUUUAUUUGCAUCCUGCUCCUGUGACAUGUAAUAAUCAGCAUGUGUUAAGAUUAAAAAUGAUAUAUGAGAUGUGAACAUAGCACCCUGUAAUGGGGAUAUGGGGAGCGAAUAUUGGAUAGGCUCCAGAAUUGCAGCAAUAAUAUUAAUAUUAUAUUGCAGAAAAAAAUAAAUGAAUAAAUAUAUAAAUAUCAAAAA